AUGGGCCUACUGUGGACUCCACUCUCACUUUUGCUCCUAUUGGUUGGGAGGCCCGCCUGCCUAAGGACCCAGGACCACCCCAGCUGCCUAGAACCCAGAAAACUGGAAGCCAGCAAAGUGGUCCUCCUGCCCAGUUGUCCUGGAGCCCCAGGAAGUCCUGGGGAGAAAGGAGCUUUAGGCCCUCAAGGGCAGCCUGGACCACCAGGCAAGAUGGGCCCAAAGGGUGAGCCUGGAGACCCAGCGAAUCUGCUUCGGUGCCAGGAGGGCCCCAGAAACUGCCAGGAGCUGCUGAGCUGGGGUGCCAUGUUGAGCGGCUGGUACCAUCUAUGCCUACUCAAGGGCAGAGCCCUUCCAGUUUUUUGUGACUUGGACACCAAAGAGGGCGGCUGGCUGGUGUUCCAGAAGUGACAGGAUGGGUCCGUGGAUUUCUUCUGCUCUUGGGCCUCCUACAAAGCAGGUUUCGGAAGCCAGGAGUCCGAAUUCUGGCUGGGGAAUGAGAAUCUGCACCCUCUCACUGCUCAGGGUACCUGGGAGCUGCGGGUGGAGCUGGAGGACUUCACUGGCAACCAUUCCUUUGCCCACUAUGAGUCCUUUCGCCUCCUCGGGGAGGUGGAUCACUACCAGCAGGUGCUGGGCAAAUUCACAAAGGGCACUGCAGGAGACUCCCUGUGCUUGCAUAAUGGGAAGUCCUUUACCACCUACGAUGCUGACCACAACAUGAGCAAGAGCAGCUGCGCCGUGACUGUCCACGGUGCCUGGUGGUACAGAAUGUGCUACGGGUCCAAUCUCCAUGUGCAUGCAAUGUCUGGGGCCACUGCUCACAAGUAUGGCAUCGACUGGGCCUCAGGCCAGGGCGUGGGCCACCCUUAUCGCAAGAUUCACUUGAUGCUUCACUAG